AUGGGAAACUCUACCACCGGACUACUAGACAACAAGACCGGUGUCGAGCGGAACUAUCUGUCAACUCCUCCAUUUCCUAUGGCGAGUGAGAUCAAUCUGACACCGGGAAGAGUGGAUCGCGGCGCGGCGUCCCGCUCGCGCUUGCGGGGCGGGCGCGCGUGCGAGAGGGAGGUCGCACGCGGCCGUCCGCCCGAUCGGUCGCCGCCUACGGACGGGGCAGGGUGGAAAGCUUGUUUGCCCGAGGGCGUGUCCCCCGCUACAAGAGGCGCAGUCGCCGCGCCGCCGCCGCCGCGAGCAGUCACACGCCAGUGCCGCAGGCGCGCCGACGUCCCCGACAGAACGGAGCACGCCGCCCCCGCAUUAUGUAUUGGGACGCGUAACUGGAGGGCACGUGCUUGCCGCUCGAAGUACUUCAACACGGCCGACAUGGCUUUCGAAGACCGCUGCAGCCCGAGCCAGGCGAACAGCCCCGGCCCGGCCGCCGACAGUCCGGGCUACCGGCCGAGCCAGUACACCUGCACGACCAUCGACGCCAGAUACGAGAGGGGCUCGCCGAACGUGACCCUGGUGAAGGUGCAGCCCAGCUCGCCGCCGCCGAGCCCCGAGCGGACCGGCUACCAGGAGUACUACAGGCCGGAGACGCCCGACGUGAAGCCACCGAUAGCCGACCGAGGCCGCCAGCAACCUCCACCAGUGACAUUCUCCAUCAGCAACAUCCUACGGCCGGAGUUCGGGUUGAACGCGAUACGGAGAACGAACAAGAUAGAGGGCCCCAAGCUGGUAGGGCCGAACCGCAGCAUGUUGUACAAGCCGUACCUGUCGAAAGCCGAAGCGCCGACCGGGUACAGUUUCGAGUACCUGAGGACCAAAGAGCCCAGCGAGCCGGCGCUGCCUCCCCUCGGCGGGCUGCGGCAGGCGGUGUCCCAAAUCGGCGAGGCGCAAGUUUCGAAGGUGCCGGAGACUCCCAAGAGGCCUGACUCAGCGAGCUCCAUGGUCUCUUCGACUUCCAGCGGCGCCCCGUCCACUUGUGGCAGCGCGGACGCCAACCCGUCGACCGGCAACUCUACCCUCUGGCCCGCCUGGGUCUACUGCACCAGAUACAGCGACCGACCUAGCUCCGGUCCCAGAAGCAGAAGGGUGAAGAAGAAGAUGAACCCUGAGGAGAAACGGCCGAGGACCGCAUUCAGCGCUGCACAGCUUUCGAGGCUAAAGCACGAGUUCGCUGAGAACCGCUACCUGACGGAGAGGCGGCGGCAGGCGCUGGCGGCGGAACUGGGCCUGGCGGAGGCCCAGAUCAAGAUCUGGUUCCAGAACAAGCGAGCCAAGAUCAAGAAGGCGACGGGGCAGAGGAACCCGCUCGCCCUGCAGCUGAUGGCCCAGGGCCUGUACAACCACAGCACCGCCACCGAGAGCGACGAAGACGAGGAGGAGAUAAACGUCACG